CAGGAAGGGGAAGCGGUCGUGGGCGCAAUGGCGGAGGCGGAGGGGCGCGAGAUCGGCGUCGCCGACUGUGUCCUUCUCCAGGAGGUCACCAUGGAGGAGCUCCUCAGCAACCUGCGCCGGCGCUUCUCUCAUGGUCACAUCUACACCUACAUCGGAGAGGUGGUGGUGGCCCUCAACCCCUACCGAGCGUUGGCGCUCUACGACGCGGCGGUGGUGGAACGUUAUCGCGGUCGAGAACUCUACGAACGACCUCCACACCUCUUCGCUUUGGCCGACGCCGCCUACAAAGCCAUGAAACGCCGCUCCAAGGACACCUGCAUCGUCAUCUCCGGAGAGAGCGGCGCGGGCAAGACGGAGGCCAGCAAAUACAUCAUGGAGUACAUCGCCGCCAUCACCAACCCCUCGCGGCGCACCGAGGUCGAGAGGGUGAAGAACGUCCUCCUGAAGUCCAACUGCGUCCUCGAAGCCUUCGGCAACGCCAAAACCAACCGGAACGACAAUUCCAGUCGCUUCGGGAAGUACAUGGACAUCAACUUUGACUUCAAGGGUGACCCCAUUGGUGGCCACAUCCAGAAUUACCUCCUGGAGAAGUCCCGAGUUCUCCAGCAGCAGCCGGGAGAGAGGAACUUCCAUGUCUUCUACCAGCUCCUGCUCGGCGCCCCCGAGGAGCUCCUCUCCGCCCUCCACCUCAGCCGCGACCCCCGAGCCUUCCGCUACACCCGCGGCGGCCACGCGGGGGGCACGGAGGCCGCGGCCUUCGCGGCGGUGUCGUCGGCGCUGAGCGCCAUCGGAUUCAGCCCUGAGGAGCUCCGAACGGUGCAUCGCAGCCUCGCGGCCAUCCUCCACCUGGGCAACGUGGUGUUCGUGGCGGAGGGCGCGGCGUCGGCGCUGGAGGCGUCGGCGCCGGUGUCGGCAUUGGCCGAGCUGACGGGAACGGCGCCCGAGAAGCUGCGCCGAAGCCUCCUGGGGCGGACGGUGGCCACCGGCGGCGGCGAAGUCAUCGAGAAGGUCCACAGCGCCGCCGAGGCCGCCUACGCCCGCGACGCCUGCGCGAAGGCCUUCUACGAGCGGCUCUUCUGUUGGAUCGUGGGGCGCAUCAACGCCAGCGUGGCCACCGGCGGCUACGACGCGCGCCGGCACGGCAAGGACACCGUCAUCGGCGUCCUCGACAUCUACGGCUUCGAGGUCUUCGACACCAACAGCUUCGAGCAGUUCUGCAUCAACUACUGCAACGAGAAACUGCAGCAGCUCUUCAUCGACCUCAUCCUCCGGAGGGAACAGGAGGAGUACCGGCGAGAGGGCAUCGCCUGGCACAGCGUGGAGUACUUCAGCAACGAAGCCAUCGUGGAGCUGGUGGAGCAGCCCCACCGCGGCAUCUUGGCUCUGCUGGACGAGGCCUGCUUGGCCGCGGGGACCAUCACCGAUGACCUCUUCUUGGCCUCCAUGGACACCCGCCUGGGCCACCACCGCCACUACAGCAGCCGGAAGCUCUGUCCCACCGAUAAGACCAUGGAGUUCCACCGGGACUUCCGCAUCAAGCACUACGCUGGAGAUGUCACGUACUCGGUGGAAGGUUUCUUGGAGAAGAACAAGGACACACUCUUCCAGGACUUCAAACGGCUCUUCUACAACAGCGUUGACCCCGUGCUGAGGUCCAUGUGGCCGGACGGCGAGCAGAGCGUCACCGAGGUCACCAAGCGGCCGCUGACCACCGGCACGCUCUUCAAGAACUCCAUGGUGGCUUUGGUGGAGAACCUCACCUCCAAGGAGCCCUAUUACGUCCGUUGCAUCAAACCCAACGACCGGAAGUCCCCGACGCUCUUCCAGGAGGACCGUUGUCGCCAUCAGAUCUCCUAUUUGGGGCUCCUGGAGAACAUCCGCGUCCGCCGCGCCGGAUUCGCCCACCGGCAGCUCUACCACCACUUCCUCCGCAGGUACAAGAUGACCUGCGAGUACACGUGGCCCAACCACCUGAUGGCCACCGACCGCGAGGCCACGGUGGCCCUGGUGGAGCAGCACGGCCUCCAGGAGGAGGUGGCCUAUGGUCACACCAAGAUCUUCAUCCGAUCGCCGAGGACCCUCUUCCACCUGGAGAAGGAGAGGGAACGCCUCAUCCCCAUCAUCGUCCUUCUCCUCCAGAAGGCGUGGCGCGGCGCUCUGGCGCGGCGGCGGUGCCGUUCCCUUCGCGCCGUCUAUGCCAUCAUGGCCUUCUACAAGAAGCAGAAGGUGAGGUCCUACCUACGGGAGCUCCUCUGCCGCUUCCGGGCUGUCCGGAGCCUUCCGGAUUACGGGAAGAACGUGGCUUGGCCGGAACCACCGGCAGUGCUGGAGAACUUCCAGGAGGUCAUUCAGCGCCUCUUCCAGAGGUGGCGAGCGCGGCAGAUCAUCAAGAACAUCCCUCCAUCGGAAGUGGGGCAGAUCCGGGCCAAGGUGGCCGCCAUGGAGGUCCUGGAAGGUCUACGGAAGGACUGGGGCUGCCGACGCGCUUGGAUCCGGGAUUACCUGUCCUCGCCCAACGAGAACGCGGCGUUGGCGCUGCCCUUCGCCCGACGCCUCCGGGUCCUCCAGGAUGAGGAGCACUUCCACUCCGUCCUCUUCUCCUGCCACGUCCGCAAGAUCAACCGCUUUGGGAAGAGCCGAGACCGCGCCAUCGUGGUGACCGACCAACACCUCUAUAAGAUGGACCCGCGGCGGCAGUACCGCGUGAUGCGGGCGCUGCCCCUCAGCUCCGUGACGUCGUUGAGCGUGACGAGCUGCCGGGCGCAGUUGGUGGUCUUCCACACGGAGCACCAGGAGGACGUGGCCGUCUGUCUCCAUAAGACGUUUCCGCCGUCGGAUAACCGCGUCGGAGAACUCGUGGGGGUCCUCCUGGAGCACUGCCGAGCGACCAAGAGGGAACUCCAAGUCCGCGUCUCCGACUGUAUCCAACUGAGCUUCCGUGGCCGCCGGCGGCUGUUGGUGGUGGAGAACCGCCCGGAUGUGGUCACUCCCGAUUUUGGGAAGAGUCGCGAUGGUUUCGUGCUUUUCUGGCCGGAAAAAUGAUGGGAAAGAGCUGCUCCACCACCACCACCACCACCACCACCACCAGCGGUCCCACCUCGGCCACUCCGAUGGCUUCUGCUCCAUCCCCUGUGUCCCAUUGUCACCGCGUCACCUCCAGGGGUCCCAUUGUCACCGCGGGACCUCCGACCGCUCCAUCCCCCGUGUCCCAUUGUCACCGUGUGACCUCCAGGGGUCCCAUUGUCACCGCAUCACCUCCAACCGCUCCGUCCCCCGUGUCCCAUUGUCACCGUG